AAAAUGGACAGUGCCACUCGUUUGCUUCUGUGGUUUUACAUCGCUCAUAAUUGAGAGGAGAUAUAUCUGACGUAAGCAUACUAGAACGAAUGCAGCGACCGUAAAUAGUAAUAGGAGCGAAAAAUCCAGAAAACACAAAUAACGUGAAAAAGUUGUGCUAACACAUAAAGCGUCGCACAAGUUACGGAAUCUCGAGAUUCCAUAAGAAUGCUCACUUAAGGAUUCAGUACUUCAGCAACACAAAAAUGCUAGCAAAAAACAGAAUAAAACAAGUCAUGCAUCAGUGCUUACAAAGAUUGUAGAAAUGAUAGUUCCCGCUUAAUUCUGACUGAUCGACAAGUAGUUUGCCAAAAUUACGAACCGGAGUUGAGGUUAUUUCCAUUCUGUAUUUUUUGUUGUUGAUAAUUUUCGCCGAUUGCGUUUAUUUUUGAAUGCAAGUGAAUAACGUAAACCUAAUGGGUUGUUUACUCAGUUCGCUUAUGUUUACCUCUCCCAGACUCACACCUUGCUUCUUACUCUUCCCAAAAUAUAACUUAUUUAUAGGUUCGAUACAAACCUAAAGAAGGCUAACCGUUACGUCUCCGAAUGGUUUAUAAUGAAUAUACUCUGUAAAUAAUUUUUCUGACAUGGAUUAACUUUUAGUUUCAUAACGCCAGAUCACUACUUCAUAAACGCAUUAGGGUCGAAAGCCUUCAUUAUAAUUGACAGAGUGUCACAAGAACUUAAAGUUGAAUGUUAGUUUCUUCAUAUUAAGACAUAUUUUCGUAGUUGAAGAACCGGCCAUCCCAAGCGUAGCAAAAAAGCAUACAAUCUAUGGAAUAUGGGGGGUUGUACGUCUAGUUUCGGGGUUUUAUUUGAUAGUAAUUAAAGAACGUGAGCGAGUCGGUGAGAUAUUCGGGAACACUAUUCUAAAAAUAACCAAGAGCAUCAUAUUACCAUUUGCAAGGUCUGUACUUCAUUUGACAGAUAUUCAGAAUCAAGAUGAAUCUUUAUAUUGCCAAAUGCUUAAUAGUAUUCUGUCGUCAGAAGGAUUUUACUACUCGAGUACCUAUGACUUGAGUCACACAUUGCAACGUUUAUCGGAUACGGACCCAAAAUUCAAGGCAUCCAGUAUUUACGAGCGUGCAGAUACACGGUUUACGUGGAAUAAAUCUCUGUUGAAUGAAUGGGAAUCUAUGCUUAAUUCUACAUCAUCCUUCAAGCAUAAGCAAACAACCGGUUGGAAUCGCUUCGAUUACUGUGUACCUAUCAUUCAAGGAUAUGUUGGGAUAAUAUCAUAUCCAGAAAAUUUGUCUGACACUCUUAAGGGAAACCUCGUGUAUUCCCUCAUCUCUCGUCGUAGUAUACAUCGAACUGGAACAAGAUUCAACGCACGUGGAGUUGACGGGGAAGGGAACUGUGCGAAUACUGUAGAAACAGAACAAUUGGUCGAUAUUUCGGGGCAUAGGUUUUCUUUUGUUCAGCUUCGUGGUUCUGUGCCAAUAUAUUGGAGUCAACGACCGAACUUAAGAUAUAAACCAGCUGUUUUACUAGGUGGUAGUCAACUAUCUUCCAGUAUAACACACUCGGCUAACUUAACCGUUAAUGAGACUGAGAAGAAUUUGGAGGCAAUUCAAGCUAAUAUUGCACGCCAACAUUUUCAUAGUUUAAUAUACGAUUAUGGUUACGGACGACAAACAAUAAUAAAUUUGUUAGAUCAGAAAGGGAUGGAACGUAAUUUAGGACAUGCUUAUGCUAUGGCCGUUUCAGCUUUAGAUGAAAAAGAAGUCAAAUAUGAAAGUUUUGAUUUUCAUCAUGAAUGUGGUUCAACUCGUUGGGAUCGACUGGGUAUCUUGUUAGAACACCUUAUACCAGAAUUAUUGAGAUCAAAACAACUACAUAUAGAUAUGAAUAACUCUGCAACAAUUAUUACUCGUCAAACUGGAACAUUUCGUUCAAACUGUAUUGAUUGCUUGGACAGAACAAAUGUGAUCCAAUCUAUGCUUAGUUGGUGUGCAUUAGAACAAGCAAUGAUUGAGAUUGGUAUAUUGCAAGGUACAGUUUCUCGAACAGCCGAUGCUAGUACUACAUCACCUCUAUCCCAUUUGUGGCCAGGUUUUGGAUUUCGUUUUAAAUCGAUUUGGGCUAACAAUGCAGAUUACUGUUCUCUUCAAUAUGCAGGUACACCAGCCUUGAAAACAGAUUUCACUAGAACAGGUAAAAGAACAUUAUAUGGUAUACUGAUGGAUGGUUAUUAUUCAAUAAUUCGUUAUUAUUUGAAUAAUUUCAACGAUGGCUUCCGUCAAGAUUCAAUGCAUUUACUUCUUGGCCAAUAUAAAGUAAUGGAUGUUAAUGGGAAUCUUAAGCCAUUACAUGGACCAGGUGGACCUCCUAGACGUCGCCUAAAAAAUUCUGAUUCUGAAUGGUUUACACAGUUUCUACCACUAGUAUUUAGUUUUACCUUAGCUAUGUCUGUAUUGUGUUGUAUCUUUCCUACAGCUCAUUGGACAGAGAAAGCAACUUACGUACUAUUCUGGGGUGGAGCUUCAGUUCUUUCUGCUUUAGCAAUAUUUGCCUACGGUGAUGAUUUUGUUGACCAUCCUCGAUUUUGUCCAGACUAAAGAGGAUUUUCCAAAUCAAUUCUUACGAUAAAACCCAUGAAUCCGUAAUAAUUUCGUUUAUUGAAGAAUGUAAUGCUUGCUCGAUAAAACUAAAUAUUGACAAACAUCUUUGUAUUUUAAUAGGAAUAUAUGUUCGUUUGGUCGACUAACAAGGACAUAUCUUUUCUGUCUUCUUUCUUUCUUGUGCUAAAAAGGAAUCUUUUUAUAACUGUGACAACUUUGCUCAUUAUAUUAGUAGUGAUUACAAUGUCUUUCUUCUGGGUGUUUUCUUUUUCUCUUCAUAUUUCGAGUUAAGUUUGAUCUCGUGAAAUAUUUCGAAUGCUUAAACUAAUCAAAUCAUUGCCAUCUGAACUUGAAUAAACCAAUCCACCUUUAAAAUGUCACAAAAUUGUACAAAAUAUUCGUUGCUUUUUCAGUACGUAAGUGUGAAAACCUGCCUCGAUCAUCAAUCCUCAUAAAAAUUAAUGAAUAGCAG